CGGUCUGGGCGGGGCCCUGCAGUGGCGGCCCGGCUCCUCCUGCGGCUCCUCCCCAAACUCCGCUCCGGGCGUUCUCGCGCUAACUGUACGCCUCGGGUCCCCUCCGCCCGCUCCCAGCCAUGGUGGCCUGGCGGUCGGCGUUCGUCAUCUGCCUCGCUUUCUCCUCGGCCACUCUGGUCCAGAGAGGAUCCGGGGACUUUGGCAAUGAUUUCAGUCUGGAGGCUGCCCUGAAAGAAACUUCCUCAGUAAAGCAGAGAUGGGACCAUGUCACUACCACAACCAAGAGGCCAGCAACAACCAAAGCUCCGGCAAAGCCUGCAGGAGCUGAUUUUGACUUGGCUGAUGCUUUGGAUGAUCGAAAUGAUCCCAAUGAUGGCCGCAGGAAACCAAGUGCGGGAGGAGGAGGUUUUUCAGACAAGGAUCUUGAAGACAUUGCGUGGGGUGGUGGAUACAAACCGGAUAAGGGCAAAGGUGAUGACCCCUAUGGCAGCAACGACGACCCUGCAUCUGGAAUGUCAGCAGAAACAGGCACCAUCGCCGGAGUGGCCAGCGCGCUGGCCAUGGCCCUGAUCGGCGCCGUCUCCAGCUACAUCUCCUACCAGCAGAAGAAGUUCUGCUUCAGCAUCCAGCAGGGUCUCAAUGCAGACUAUGUGAAGGGGGAGAACCUGGAAGCAGUUGUGUGUGAGGAGCCCCAAGUGAAGUACUCCGCGCUGCAAACGCAGUCCGCAGAGCCACCGCCGCAGCCGCCCCGGCUCUGAGGCCCUGCCCGGCUCGUGACCCAGCUCCUGCCUUCAUUUGGACCCACAGCUGCUGCGCUGCCGCUUCCACCUCGCUGGCUUCUGUUCUGUCUUCCGGAUGAGCUCGGGGCGUGUGUGAGUCUGGUUCCUGGGCCCGCCCCCCGCAGGCGCUCUGAAGACACAGCCGCUGGGUCACCGACUCCCCAAAGCCAGCCUGCCCCCAGGCCUUAGUGAACUGGGGAGGGGGACCGAGCUGAGGGAGGCCAAGAGGACAGUUGUGCUCAGGGGGCAAGAGCUUGGACUCGGGGCUGUGGGAUCCGCUGCACAUGGCACUGACACGCUGUGGCGGGUUCUUGCUAAUAGGCAGCCCCUGGCUGUGACCUCAAAGGACUGUCAGUGGGGGCCCAGCUAGCACCCAGUUCUCCUGGAGCCCCUGCAAGGAGCAAACCAGUGAGCGCCAGGUAACCACACACACACACACCACCCGGGUGGGGGGGGUUGUUUCUGUCCUUCUUUGCAGUCCCAGCUUUUGCGCUGCGGGGAGUGAGGCUUGUCAUUAUGUAAGUGCAGGCGCACGUGCCUGAGAGGUUAGCCUGCUGCUGGACUAGCAGGGAGCGGGGCUGGCGGGCCUCGUUGCUACCUGAUGGCACAGGGGACCAGGCGCCUUCUCCAGGCUGACGACGGGGUUGCCUUUUAGGAAUCACUUACACAUUGCAAAGGGAUUGUAUCCUGGGCAGGGAGGUGCUCACCCUCCCCGUUUUCGGUUCUUAUUUUGGUAGCAAAAGCUACAGACGUCAAGAAUGAGCAUCGAAGCCUGAAGCAUGCUGCUUGUUUGCUUAAAAAUGUAUUUCAGGGGAGGGGGAGGGACGUUUGCUUGGUUUCAUGAAAUACAACUGACUCGGUCAGUCUGCACUGAUCCUGCCUAUCCUGUCCUGUCCUGAUGAAGGGCACUUGGGGGCCGUGCUCACUCGGGUGAAGGCCAGAGCCCAGGGACUGGCCGUCGCCUGGCCUGACACUGUCUGGUUUGGGCUGGAGCAGAGCUGGCUUCCUGGAAUGUUCCCUUUGGCCCACACGUGGUCCUGCCCCUAGGAGCUCCGCUGUCAGAGGCUGAGCUAGAGCCUAGAGCCACCGUCAACGGGUAAUCAGUUUCCAGCAUAGAAACGCACUUCUGGAAGGAUCAUGUAAGUCAGCAGGGACGUAGGGUCCCAUUUACAGAACUUCACGUGCCUCUGCGCUGCAUGGAUGGCACCACGUUCCAGCUGUGCGUUAGCUCCUUCACGUCCGCAGAGCUGGGAUGAGGCAACCCUGACUUCUUAAGGAAAUGAGUGAAAUCUGAACAGACCCCACAGGUCGUGUAAUGCAUGCCUCGUGUUCGUUUUAAAAUACUCGUUGUGGGACGGUGAUCCAUCGUAGAGCCUCUCUCAAGGCUGCCCUCUAGAUCCAUCCCCACUGCGUGCCCGUGGGCCCUGAAAUGCCCCUUCUCCUGCUCAGCGGUUCGUCCAGGACAGGAUUGCGCGCCUGCCAGGGGCAGCGGAGCACUGGGGAAGGGGAUGAAUGAGCAGGAGAGGCGCCGCAUGCAAGGUUUGCUGCUCCCAGCGCUGCCCCACCCUCGUUGUGGGCCAGGCGGUUGUCAGCUUUGCCAGGCUUGUCCCUCCAGAGGACGGCAAGGGCUGAGAGCUGCACCCCCUGGCCGGUGCUGGGCUGGAGGCAGCUGGGGAAACUUUUUGCACCCAUGGCCUGUUGCCACCUAGGUCUCGUGACCUCAGGGUUCAGGGAGGGCCAGUGUCCUAAGUAUGGAGAGUUGGGCAGGGACCAGGGCAGUGCUCAGCAGCUCGUCGUGUUAGGGGGGUGGCUCGCCAAGGUGCCCAAGGCAUUUUAAAGGAAGAAACAGGAGGCAGCACUUGUGUGUGCUAAAAUACUUCUCUCCCUGCCACUGGGAAGGUUGGCCAUUUACAGAGAAAUCAGAGUCAUGGUGGUGACUAGGAUGCAGAGUGAUGUGGCCCAUGUGUCCCUUGGCAUGGCCAGGUGUGGUGCGGGCCCUAGAGCUGUCGGGCUUCUGCCCCGGGAGGCUGGGCCCCUGCCCCUCAGCUCUGCAGUGAGGCCCGUGUGGUGGUGGAGCCCAAGGCCCCUGCCGCCGUGCAGGCGAGUCGGCUGCCUGGCGCCCUGCCUGUGGGUCUGGGGGGACCUGGUUUACGUGUCCUCCUGCCUGUGGUCGGAGGGGCCUGGUUUGCUGGUCCUUGGCCAUCCUGGCAGCCAGGCCUGCUCCCAGGGACUGGCCACCCCAGGUGGGGCACUCAGCCCCCGGGGGAGUUCUUGGAGGAGGCUGGGGGGGGAGGGGACUGACACCUGCAGAAGCCUGGGGGCUCUGGUAACUGUGGGUCUCUCUGAGCGUUGUGUUUGGCCAGCUGGGCCUGUCCCACGGGGUGUGAUGCCAGUGACCUAGAAGGGCCCAUUGACACUCUCCUGUGUCUAUCAGCUUCACUGGGGGGCAGGGGGGCGGGUGUCUACAAGAUCCACUCAGCACAGGCAGGGAGGAGGCGUGGGGCAGGGCACCCUCCUGGUGUGGGACCCACAGAGCAGUGCCAAGCCCGCUGCCUUGGCCACUUCAGUUGGGGGUCAGUGCCAGCCCUCUGAGGAAGGAGAAAUGGAGACCCACCUCAGAGUCCCUGGACUUUUGACGCGCUUCUGUGUAAGUGUGAAUUGUGAACUGUCGUGUGUGUAUUAAACAAAAUGGAACCUGACUGGUCAUUGCA